GGUUAAAGAGUUGAGCCAUUUUCAAAACAAAACUUUGCAGACGACAGCUUGAAAAUAGACGUGUUUUAUCAAUUUUGGAGCUUAAAUCAAGUGAUGCAGCGUGAAUUGGGAAGCUUUCCUUUUCCUCCACCGAUAAGGGCGAAAUUAAAGGACAAUGGUUUCGGAAUUGUGGAAGAUGUUUUCGAAAUGAAACCGACGGAGUUGAGCAGAGAAAUUGGGAUUUCUAAAGAAGAAGCCUUAGAUGUCUUGACAAUGGUGAGAAGCGCAACAUCUGCAUCAUCGACGCCCAACACUCGUACCCCUAGCAGCAGUACAACAUCGUCGGGGUACCAGCAUCACCAUCCAGAGAGCAGUAAGAGGACAGUGACAGCGUUAGAAAUGCUGCGACAUGAGAAGGCAUCCCCUGCCAUCGUUACAUUCUGUGAAGACCUGGACGAGAUGCUGGGAGGGGGUGUUCCUCUUAGCAAGAUAACAGAGAUUUGUGGGGCCCCUGGUGUGGGGAAGACACAGACAUGUAUCCAGCUUGCAGUCGAUGUACAGAUACCACAGUGUUUCGGAGGUGUUGAAGGAGAAGCGAUAUACGUUGAUACAGAGGGGAGUUUCAUCCCACAGAGGGCAGCAGACAUGGCCGUGGCGAUGGUGGAACAUUGCAGAGGCAUUGCUGAGAUACAAGAAGUCCAAAGCAAGGAGCUGGAAGAGGCGCUUAGAUCUUUCUCAAUGGAGAAGAUUCUGGCUGGUAUUCACUACUUUCGUUGCCAUGACUACACGGAGCUGCUUGCGUUAGUCAAUCUACUACCAGAUAUCCUCAAGAAACACAACAAGGUGAAACUUGUUGUGAUUGACAGCAUUGCUUUCCACUUCCGGCACGAUUUUGAUGACUUUUCCUUGAGGACAAGACUUCUGAAUGGACUGGCGCAAAGUCUAAUUAGAGUUGCAUCAAACCACCAAUUAGCUGUUGUGUUGACAAAUCAGAUGACAACCCGUGUUGGCAGUGGACCCUCUCGCCUUAUCCCAGCGCUAGGAGAGAGCUGGGGUCACGCCGGUACUAUUAGAUUAAUCCUCUUCUGGAGAGACAACCAGAGGUACGCAAAUCUCUACAAGUCGCCCAACAAACAAGAGAUGACAGUUCCUUACCAGAUCACGAUGGAUGGUCUAAGAAGCGUUCCAAGGUCAAAGGAAGAACAUGGAUCUCCUUCAACAAUGGAAGCAUAUGAACAGGGCCAGGAAACCACAGAGGACAGUUCCUUUAACCCUCGGAAACGAUUGAGAACAACUGAUCAAAGCUGAAAAGUUUGGUCGCUGUUGUGAUAUAUUUUUCUGGAUAAGGUUACCAACCAAGAAAAAGGUUACCAGCCACGAUUUAGGAAACAUGCUUGCGACUGGCAAGUUUUUUGCUUAGCAGGAACUUGCUACAUGUAGGCAUCAUUUUAAGCUUCAGUAUCUUCAUAGAGCUUAUAUCGCAAUUCCCUCCUGGCUGAUUUUUCUUCAUUGUCGAAAGGUAUUGUGGGAAGGAAUAGGGGGCAUACUAAGCCCUUUUUCUCCACUUCACAGGAUUAAUGUUGACUUUUCUAUGCAAUGAGCCGUGUUGAUGCCUCUACAGCAACGUUAAGUAAUGCUAACAUUAAGCAUGGAUGUUUUUGCAGCCAUGCGCAGUCAUUGUGAAUCCAUUAUGUUUCGUGUACAUAAGAGUUAAUGGUUAGUCUUUAUAUUAAACAUUUGUUA